AUCAAUCGACUUUAUCGAGAAAGACUACUUUUUUUAGGCCAGGAGGUUGAUAGUGAAAUAUCGAAUCAAAUUAUUGGCCUUAUAGUCUAUCUCAGUAUAGAGGACGAUAACAAAGAUUUGUACCUGUUUAUAAAUUCUCCGGGCGGAUGGGUAAUACCCGGAAUAGCUAUUUUUGAUACUAUGCAAUUUGUACAACCAGAUGUACAGACAGUAUGCAUGGGAUUAGCCGCUUCAAUGGGAUCUUUUAUUUUGGCAGGAGGAGAAAUUACCAAACGUUUAGCAUUCCCUCACGCUUGGGUAAUGAUACAUCAACCCGCUAGUUCUUUUUAUGAGGCACAAACGGGAGAAUUUUUACUAGAAGCAGAAGAACUACUGAAACUGCGCGAAACUAUAACAAGGGUUUAUGUACAAAGAACGGGCAAACCUUUAUGGCUUGUAUCCGAAGACAUGGAAAGGGAUGUUUUUAUGUCAGCAGCAGAAGCUCAAGCCCAUGGAAUUGUUGAUCUUGUAGCGGUUUGAAAAAAGAAUUCGCAGCCAAAAUUCCUAUUCCUCGCGAAUACAUAGUUUGAGAUUUGAUUUGAUCUUAUUAAUCUUCUUACCGGACUGAAUAGAAUAUUUCUAUUAAUUAAUCUAUUCCUAGGAUAUAAUAUAAGUAAUUCCUAAUAUAAUCAUCAGGGGUUAGGAUUGAUCGAAACCAGCUGAUUAUGUAUACGACUAGCCAUGCCAACUAUGAAACAACUUAUUAGGAAGACAAGACAGCCAAUCCGAAAUGUCACGAAAUCCCC